AUGCUGCGCCGUACACGACGAGCUCCCAAGGCGUGUUCCUGGUGUCACCACCGUAAAGUCCGCUGCGAUGCCUCGAUCCGGGGUUGUCCAUGUACGCGCUGUCGACAGGACGGGCGGCCGGAAUGUGUUUUACGUGGGAAAAUGCCGCGAAAUUUCACCGGCUUCAUAGGGCAGAGCAACGCUGGCAAUAAUCAGGACCAAGACACGAUCAACGCGACAAACCCGCACCUGGAGCGCAUCCGGGCUCUGGCACUUGAAGCGGACGGGGUGGACCGAGACCUCGCCUUUUCGUCUACUUCUAAGUCGAGCUCUUUUCCGGGCCACAUCAGCUUCACAGAUUAUCCCUUCCUCGAACUUCGCACUCUCACCACUCUCGACCGCGCAGACCUCGCCUUCCUUGCAGCAAAAGGUUGCCUAAGCGUUCCGGUGGAGACUUUACUCGAUGAGUUCGUCCGUCAAUAUUUCCUCCAGGUCCACCCGAGUUCCCCGGUGGUAGACGAAGCGGAGUUCUGGCAUAUCUACAAGAACUCGCAGACUGCCGCUGGGAGGGGCAAGAAAAUUUCUCUCUUCGUGUUUCAGGCCGUCAUAUUUGCCGGGUCUCCCUACGUGUCCAUCGAGACGAUCCGCCAAUGCGGUUGGAGCGAUAAACGCGCCGCACGUAAUGGCCUCUAUGCCCGCGUUAAAACGCUAUAUGACCUUCACGCUGAAGACAGGCCGUAUUGCCUAGCACAAGGAGCCGUCAUCCUGACUUUACAUACGUCCGCUUCAGAGCCGCAAAUCAGCAGUCUAUGGCUGACGCGGGCGAUCCAAAAUGCGCUCAUCAUCGGAAGUGGCUGUCGACCUGGCGCUCUUGAAGCCGACGCUGGAUCCGAAACAGAGGUAGUCAAAGCAUCAAUGAAGAAGAGGCUGUGGUGGUCGAUUAUCCUGCGCGACCGGAGUCUGUGUCUCGGAUUGCGGCGGCGUCCGCAGGUCACAUCGUUUGAUAUGAGCAUGGGUGUCGUGACAGAGCUUCCUGACGAAGCGGAUUUCGCAGACGAGAUUGUUGAUUCGCCCGUCUACAGUCUUGAGAUCAAACGAAUGCUGUUAAAGGUUCUGCAGGAGCAAUGUCGACUCGCUGUAUUGCUUUCCGAAAUGAUUACCUUUGUCUUCGCGAGCCAUGGGAUUGCGGCCCCGAGCUUGAGCCUCGAGCAGUUCCACGAGGAACUAAUCAAGAUUACCAGGACAAAGAAUGCAAUGGGCAGGUGGGAGCAGUGUUCGUCUUUGAACCAGUGGAUAGGGAUCGAAGGGAAAGGGAAUGGAAAGGAGAAGGCCCCUGAGGCAGUAAUGCUUUUCGUGAAUUUCACUUAUAUGUACUACCAGACUGCCCGGAUUGACCUAGCCCACUACGAAGCGCUGCUGCUCGAGAACCACCCUCUGUUCAGCGGCAAAAACUACUUCAACCAUCUCUUCUCAGCAGGCAAUACUCUACGAGACGCAAUGGCAAAGCUAACCGCCAUAAUGGAAUAUUUUGGACGAGAGGGACGCGCGCAGAAUCUACCUCUGAGUGUGCUCGCCUACGUAGCGAUGCCUCUUGUCCUCACGGCAAUCGACCUCAAGCUCUCUCCGACGUCGGCAGAAAUGGUGCGUCGCCGGAGACGACUCGAUGCACUCGGUGAGAUCGUUCGGCAUUCAGGGCGCGUUUACGAUGUCACCGACUUUGUGACCGCGGGAACGAAUCAUAUUUUACGUCUGGCUUAUAUUACCUCACAGCAUCUUUUCCUGCGGUGGGACGAGAAUGGUGGCCAACAGACCCGUAUGCCCGAGAGAAGCGGGUCAACUGCCAGCUCUAACUCUGCUUCCAGCUCGAGUCCCAGUUCUAGCCCCAGCCCUCCACAAGACCUCUCACCCUCGGCCUCGGCCUCGGCUGGCUUGGAGGUGGAUAAGUCGUCUUACACGGGAAUGGGGUGCGGAAGGGCAAACACAUGGCACGAAGCAUUCCUUCGGUUUCCCCGCGCAUACCUUCUUAUAUCGACAAGUGUGGAUUAUAGUCUUGCAGUCGGCCGCUUGCCAUACGAUAAUGCGCUGCCGGAGCUGGUGAGGUGUAUCCCGCCGAUUGGAAUGGCGAUUAGGCUUCCUUGGACGAUCGAGGGUGCUACCCCGCGGAUAAAAAUGCCGAUGGAGAUGAACAAUACAAGGAGAGAUAGUUCGCCGUAUCUCCAGGCUGGGACGCCAGGAAGUGCAUUUGGCUUAAGGGCAGAGCGGGGCAACGAUUAUGAUCACGAUGUCCGGACUCUGCCAGAUGAUGUUUCGGUCCAGACGAACAUGAACACCAGCACGAACAUCAACAUGAAAAUGCCGGCACAGGCGACUGGGACGGAUUUUUCUUUUCCUCUUCUCACAAGCUCGCGUCAACCUACCGAGAACUUUCAGCCCCAGCCCGAGCAAGAUCAGAUCAAUCUCGACUACCUCUACAUCGAGCCAGACGCCAACGCACAAGCCAUUAACCAGGGAGUGACAGAUUUUGACAGAAUCAACCUCCAACACCUAGCACAGGGAUUUGACCCGUUGAUAUCGUCGUGGGUGCACGAUUACUUUGGGGAGUCGGCCCCCCCUCCGGUGGUUAGCCCUGGGAUGGAUCUUGAUAUGCAGGUGGAUGGGUUGGGCCUGGCGUAA